GCAUGUGCGCUCGGUGACGCGGUGGUCCCGCCCGCUAUAUGAGCUCCGCCCGGCGCUGACUCGGCCCUUUCCGCCUCGCUCCCGCCCGCUCUCGGGUCGCAGAGCAGUGAGCCGAGCCGCCGCUCCCCCCGCCGCCCCGCACCGUCACCAUGAUCAUCUACCGGGACUGCAUCAGCCAGGACGAGAUGUUCUCGGACAUCUACAAGAUCCGCGAGGUGGCGAACGGCCUGUGCCUGGAAGUGGAGGGGAAGAUGGUCACCAGGACAGAGGGUCAAAUUGAUGACUCUCUAAUUGGUGGCAAUGCCUCUGCUGAAGGUCCUGAGGGAGAUGGGACAGAAGCCACGGUGAUAACUGGUGUGGAUAUAGUGAUAAACCACCACCUCCAGGAAACCAGCUUCACAAAGGAGUCAUACAAGAAGUACAUCAAGGACUACAUGAAAGCAAUCAAAGCCAGACUUGAGGAACACAAGCCGGAGAGAGUAAAGCCUUUUAUGACAGGGGCUGCAGAACAAAUCAAACACAUCCUUGCCAACUUUAAAAACUACCAGUUCUUUGUAGGAGAGAACAUGAAUCCAGAUGGGAUGGUGGCUCUCCUGGAUUUCCGUGAGGAUGGUGUGACCCCCUAUAUGAUCUUCUUUAAGGAUGGCUUAGAGAUUGAGAAAUGUUAACAAAUCAAACAAUAUGGUUUCGGAUCACCUGUCUUCAUAGCUGGCUGCUGUUUCUUCUUCAUCAGUACAACACCAGGAAUCGGCAAUGUCUUUAACAACUGGACUGAUAUCAUCUUGAGCUCUAUUCACUUUAUUUUGACCCUGAUUCGGAGUGGAGGCAUUGUUUCAAAAGAGGAAAGAAAAAGAAACCCACCCAUCUGUCAUGUAGGUUGUCUAAAAUAAAAACUCAUUGAAACCCA